AUGGAUUUUGUUGCAAUCUACUGUAUGGAAGUAUAUGACGUGUCAUCUUAUUUGGAAGAACACCCAGGUGGAGAUGAUGUUCUCCUCGCUGCAACUGGGAAAGAUGCCACAGAAGAAUUUGAAGAUGCCGGGCAUAGCAAGAGUGCAAGGGAGCUCAUGGAGGAUUUCUGCGUUGGGGAGCUUGAUCCAUCUUCCCCAUCCAUCCCAGAACUUGAGAUUGUGUCCAAGAAACAACCGACAGGCAUUCCCCAGAAGCUCAUGGACUUGACAAAACAAUACUGGGUUGUUCCAGUAGCUGUUGUUGCCAUAUCUGUGGUUGUCGGAUUCUUGCACUCGAGGAGAAAGUGAGGGAAUUAAAAUGUCACCAAAUUUAGAUUUAUUAGAACCAUACUUAUUGAGAGAAUUUGCCCAUUAAAACAUAUGAAGUUUUUAGACUUGGGUUAGAUGAGGACGGCCAAUUUUGUGCUACUAGUAAUUGUUACUUGUAUGGUGAUCAAAUGAAAUGUUGCCUGCAGUAGUUUUGUAUCAAUAUAGAGAUUGAUUACAGCAGGUAUGACCUUGAGGAGAUCUCAGGCACUGAGAACCAGGAACUGGGAUGUGAGAAAUGGGAAUUGAUUAUUGUGUACUUCUUGCAUUAAAGCCUCUACAAUAGUAGACAUCUGCUUGAAAGUUGAAACUAUACUCUUUUAAUGGAUGUGAAUUUACG